UCAUAUCUAAUUAAAAAGAUAAUUUUCAGAAAUAUUACUGUAUGGGAAAUUUUGAGUAAUAUGAUUGAAUGAUUUUUGCACAUUCUAAUUAAGUUCUUGUUUUAAUAUAUUCCCUAGCUUGCCGUGCAUUCUUUCUAAAAAUUGGGACAUUUUUAAAAAGGCGUGGGCAAACUGCUAAAAAUCGGGACUGUCCUGACAAAAGUGGGACAUCUGGUCACCUUACAUAUUCGUCACAUGUCUGUGGCAUUUCUCACUGCAUCUGCAGCAGGCAUUCAAGCUUUUGUUGGCACCACAGCAAACUAUAACAAAUUGAUUACUUGAGACACCUUUAAAACAGAUGCCUUGUAGCAUCCAUACCACUAACUGUACAUCACUAUAUGCCAUUUCAUUUGUUUCAAGAGAGCUGAUUAAAGGAUGGAGUGGAGAUUUAUUGUGUUAUCAAAUGAGGGUUGUUUCUAUCUUGGUGCAGUGGUGGCUGUAUGUUUGUUAGAAGUAGCCUAGGUGAGCACUUGAAACCAAGUUUUCUGUGACAUAAGAUGCAUUGGACCUACACCAGGACAUAUGGCUUGGAGAACAAUUUCCUAUGACAACAAGAGGAUUCUUGUCUUUAUACCACACCCUUUGGGAGUAAAAUUGCAUAACAGAUUAGUGACUGCACCUGUUGUACUAGCAUUCUUUGACAACUUUCCUGAGAACAUUUUCCAAUAGGAUAAUGCUGCAUACCACUGCUAUCACCCAGUGUGCUGUACAUGUGCUAACAUGUUGCAUUGACCUAUGAGAUCUGCUGGUCUUUCUUCCAUUGAAUAUGUAUGGAACGUAAUUGGAUGGCAAAUGCAGUAUCAUUCACAGUCGCAAAAACCGUUGCUGAUUUGACCGACCAAAUGCACAAAAUGGCAUACGGUACUUGUAUGGCACAUGCAUGUUUGUAUGCUUUCAUUUAAUAUUAUGAUUGCAGUGGUUAAGAUACCACCAUUUGAUAUGUGAAAUGGCUCUUCUCACUCGUACUUUACAUUUUGAAACAUUAAUCAAAUAAAUAUGUUAUUUAAACAAAUGCUUUGCUUACAUUUCAUUUGAUUUCAUUUCAUUGAACUGAUUUCUUCUUAGUUUUGGGAUUUCAUUUUCCAUCAAUGUAUUUAUAACAUGCUAAGUACAAUGUGUCAUUUUUCAUUGGUAAAGGGCACUGCGGAGAUAGGGGAAGAGUGACUAUGAGAGAAGAGGUGGUAGCAGAUCAUGCUUGAAAAGAGAACUGGAAAUGUCAGUAUGCUCCAUCUCUUUCAGUAUUUAAGUUGUGGUUUUGAGUGUUUUUAUUAUUUACAUUUUUAAAUUAUAAAAACAUUAAAUUUUAUAAUUAUAUUUUAAAAUUAUUUACUUUUAAAUUAGCCUCUUAAAUGCCACCUGGGUAUAGAAUGGAUAAUUCAUCUAGUGUUAGUAUUGUAGUUAUAAAUCAUUACAGCAUAAAUACAAUAAGAUUUAUUUAAGCAUCUUUGGUGAAGUGUUACAAGAGUUCAUUUUGUUUAUAUAUUUUUUUACUAAUUUGCAUCUAUCAUACAACAAAGUUUCAAUGUAAAAUGCACAUGAAAAUAUUUUUGUAGCUAUAAAAAAUGAAUGAGAAAUGUUUAUAUAGCUAAAAGAAAGUUUACAAAGUUUAUGCUACUUUAAAAACAAAAUUUAUUUGGAAAAAUAUCCAGGAUCUUUUGAAUAUUUUUCAACAUUCAGAAAUUCUAGCUAUCUAGCUUUUUCUUGAAAACAGGCAGUAUAGGAGAACAGACAAGUGUUUACAGAUAAAAAGAUGUCUUAUAAGUCUCAUAUAAAAUUAAUGUAGAGUCGAAAUUUCAUAAGGUGUGUGUAUGAUGGCCUAUCGAGUUCUUUUGAAGAACUAUGGAAUGAAAGAAGAGGAUUACUUAUGUCUUGUCAUUUAUUCAGUAACAUGCUAUUCAUGGCUAAGACUUUCUGAAGGAUAUUAUUGUUAGUAAUGAGAUAUGUAUUCACUUUUACACCUCAGAAUUUAAAUUACAGACAUGAAAUGGAAGCAUCCAGGCUACUUAGAAAGCAAGAAAUUUAAGGUGGUGCUGUCUGUUGGUGAAGACUACUGCAUUUUUGAGUCAGGAAAGCAUGUUGUUGGGGCAGGAGAGGCAGCGGCCAUCAUAUAUGCAGAUGUGUAGGAUAUAAUACUGAAAUUUUUAUAUUAUCUUCAGUUAUUAUCAUUUGAACUUGAUCUGACUAAAGGUGUAUUAUUACCCCAUGAUAAUGUUUACCCAAGCAUGAUCAUUUUAGUUCAGGAAUUUUAUGCAGCAUUAUUAUAUAAUCCUCACCUUAUUGAUUUUCACUUCCUGCCAGCUCUCAAGAAACCACUUAAUGGCCACAGGUCUUCACAUGAUGAAGAUACCCAAGAAGGGCAAUAACACAAUGUCUAGGAUUAAGACAUCACAUGUUACGAGAUAGGCUUUGAAAUAUGAUUUAAAUGUAUACUAAUAUGUAAAUAAUCAUGGAAACUACACGGAAAAAGUAUCUGCCACACAGCAGAAUGUAUAAUGCUUUACAUUCAAAUAAAUUUUGUUCUUGAAGUAAUAAUCCUUGUAAACUUUCUUCAGUUUCACACUUAUUUACAAUGUGAACCUGAGAGAUCUUAAAAAUAUAAAAUUAUUGUCUUAAGCAAGGCAGUCAGUAAUAGAGCAGUAGCUGAAUUGUUAAAAAAUAAUUUUUAAAAUAGUGUUUUUCUUUUAGAAACUGCAGGAUAUGGCUAGUAGCUGUCCAAAUGUGCAUAUCAUCAAAGCAGACAUGAUGGAUUUUGAUAACUAUGGAGAUAUUGUGUCUAAUAUUCAGAAGCAUAUUAAAUCUGGUGGAGUAAACCUUCUUAUAAAUAAUGCAGGAAUGAUGAUUAGAGAUACAUUAUUGUCUGUGAAAAGAAAAAACAUCAUGGAGAGUUUUGAACUGAAUGCUGUUGCACCUCUUUUAUUUACUAAGGCACUGCUACCUUUGCUAAAAAAAGCUGACAGUGGAACAUUCCCAUUAAAUGUUGGAAAAUCUGCCAUACUUAAUAUAUCUGCACACUUAGGCUCUAUAGGAGAAAACAACAGUGGAGAUUAUCUGUCAUACAGACUGAGCAAGGCAGCAGUAAACAUGGUUACAAGAACUCUUGCAGAAGAGUUAAAACCUUCAGGUAUAUUUAUUAUGGCUUUGCAUCCUGGCUGGGUGAAGACAGAUAUGGGAGGCGAUGCUGCACCAUUAACAACAGAAGUUAGCGUAAAUGGAAUGCUAAUUGUUUUGGCUAAAGCAGAAGAAAGCCACAGAGGUUUAUUAUUCAGUAGUAAAGGACACAAAAUACCUUGGUGAUAGCACAGACUAUAUUUUAAUACACGAGAUUCUAGUAUAGGGAUGGCAUUACUUAUCACAGGCGAAAUUUCAGUUUCAUAAAAUUAUAUUUUUGUGACAGUUGUGAAAUUUAUAUUUAACUUUGAAAUUGUGCAUUUAUUUUUGUAUCUGUAUUCUUUUUUCACAUCUUGUAUCACUCUAAAUAAUUCAUCUUAAUACUGCUAUAAAUUUAAGUUAGUGCAGUUUUAAUAAAAUUGUGUAGUAAGUCACUAUUAAUUCACACAGUUGUAAGUAAAAUAUCCAUAUUUGCAAAUGCAUUACUUUUUGAAUAAAUUAUUAGGACAAGCUGCA